AUGAGCGGUAUCAUUGAGUUUGACGUCGGAGGAGUAGUAGUCAAAACAAUUAAAGACACUAUUUCUCGUUUUCCUAAAUCUAAGCUUCAUCAAAUACUCUUAAAGCAAUAGCAGCUUCAAUCGUAGCAUCUCAGAGCAGGUAAUGAUAAUAUAGCUGCUGACUAAACUCUAAGAAAGAUACUUCAAACUUCAAAUUAAGAACCUUAGCCUAAUUAGGAGGAUUAGUUUUGUUAAGAAGGUCAGUAAAAUCAUGACUUCAUUGAGAUAUUUAUAGACCAUAAUCCAAAACGAUUUACCAGAGUAAUUGAUUGCCUUAGAGAUGGAGAGAUACCCUCGAAGCUAUUGAAUAAGAAGUAGCUUUUUUACCUGCAAAAAGACCUUUAAACUUUUGGUCCUUUUGAAGGAUUAAAACAUUUUGCUAGCAACAUCAAAGAAAAUUAGCAUCAAAAAAUUUACACAGUCGAUAGAUUAGAGCAGUAUACAGAAUAAAAGUAAGUUGAGUAGACUCUCAGUUAAGGCAUUGUUGAUAAAGCAGAUUAAUAAAAUAAUAACUAAUAAGAUAAAGGAAGUCUAGAUUUAGUUGAUGAACUAGAUGAGUAAGACGUGAUUGGUGAGCUUAAUGAAAUUCUAAGAGAUAGUGAAAUACAAAACCAGAAUAAAAUUAAUGUAGAUGAUAACUAAAACAAUGAAUAUGAUCUUAGCUCUAAUCAGAUAAGCAGUGGUGAUAUAAGAAAUGAUUUAUAAGAUGCUAUUAGUCUGAAUUAGAUAUCGAGUUAGGAUGAAAAUUUGUAUUCAUCAAAGAUAGGCCUUCCAAAUAUUAGUAAUGACAAGGAACCUGAACUUGAUGAUUAUCUUAAUAUGCAAGAUCUUUAGGAUAUAGCCAAAGACUAAGAUGUUGAGGAGGAGUAAGAAUUCAUAGUAGAGUUAGCUAAUUCAUCGAACCUUUAGAACUGCUAGGAUCUUUUCAGUCAGAGCCAAAUGUGUCUAUCAUAAUAUAAAAACUCAAAAAGAAAGAUGAUAGAAAAGUAAUAAGAAUAAGAUUCUAAGCUAAAGCGAACUCGAGGACAACAAUAGCAGGCAAUGAUUAAGAAAAAACAAUAAAAUCAAUAGAAUAGCUCAGAAAAGGAAAAAUCCUCUACAAGUAAGUCCUCUUCUUCUUGCAAGAUAUAAAAUAAGAGAUAUCAAACUAGAAUGAGUAAUAAAAAGAAGGACUGUGAAAAUAAUCUUGGGUUUUUAGGAAAUGAUUAGCCUGCUGAUAAAGAAGUAUUUUCUCUUAAGAGGAUAAAGCAAGUGUACUGA